AUGAGCACUCGCAGCAGCAGCAGCGGUAGUGGCGGCGGCCAGACCUCCCAGAUGAUGGCGUUCUCGGAGCAUUCGCUGCCGAAGCCGAUCUUGGGCCAGCCGCUACCUCAGCCGUCGCCACCAUCAUCGCCGAGCGAGAGGCCGGCUGCGCGUGGCCGGCGGCGCACGCAGGAGCCGGGGCGGUUCCUGGGCGUGCGGCGGCGUCCGUGGGGCCGGUACGCGGCGGAGAUACGCGACCCGACGACGAAGGAGCGUCACUGGCUUGGCACCUUCGACACGGCGCAGGAGGCCGCCCUAGCCUACGACCGUGCCGCGCUCUCCAUGAAGGGCGCCCAGGCGCGCACCAACUUCGUCUACGCGCACACCGCCUACAACAACUACCCGCCCUUCCUCGCGCCGUUCCACCACGCGCAGCAGCCCACAUAUGCGUCCUCGACGAACAUGCAGUACGGCGGCCAGCAGCACGUAAGCGCGGGGGCGCCGCACAUUGGCUCGUACCACAGCCACGGCGGCGGCUACCAGGCGGGUCUUGCCGCCGGCGCUGGCGAGUGCUCCAUGCCGGUGGCUAGCGCCGAUCAUGCCAGCCCGAUGGACAUACGUCACAGUCACAGCGGACACGACUUCCUCUUCCCCAGCGCGGACGACAACUCCGGGUACCUGAGCAGCGUGGUGCCGGAGAGCUGCCUCCGUCCUCGGGGCGGCGACAUGCAGCAGGACGCGCGGCGGUACUCCGUGUCCGACGCCGACGCCUACGGGAUGGGCCUCCGGGAGGACGUGGAUGACCUGGCACAGAUGGUGGCCGGGUUUUGGGGCGGUUCCGAAGCGGCGUACGGCGGGUUCGUCCCCACGAACGGUGGCAGCCACGACAUGGUCGCCUCAUCGCAGGGCUCGGACACCGGCUACUCCCCCUUCAGCUUCCUCUCCCACUGA